AUGGAACAGCCAUCGAAUUCGAUAUCUGACAGAGUCCGACAUCGACGAUUCCUCGUUCUCGACCGACAUAAACAAUCUCAACCACAACGGCUCGAUGACAGCUUGGAUAUAUACAGUCCACGGAGUGUUGACAGUCUAUCUAGUCCAACACAACAGGCAGCUCCGAUUCCUCCGCAAGCAGUUGCGAUACAGGUCGAAGAUGAAGACGGUUUUCGGAUAGAGGAUUCGGAUCUAGCAGAUUCCCCUCGACAGCCCUCUUCAUUCACCAGAGGAAACAAGGAGGACGACGUGAAAUCUCAGUUGUCGUUCAUUAUGAAAGAGAGAUUGCAUACCAUGGCCAAAGAGGUACAAAGAAGAACAUCGGCAGUGCGUGAGAGCCUAAUUCGGGAAAUUCCCGAGGACUCGAUAUCGGCAACAUCG